GCAGGUGCCCCUUUGUGCCAAGAAUGUUUUUGGCAAACUUUUCCCCCCAUGCCAGGCUCAGCUCAGGCUUUGGAAGAGGGAAGAAAGUUCUGCUUUAUAUUCCUUGAUAAACCUGCAUCAAAUCUGCUGAGAGAUCCUGAGACGGGAGAGCUGGGGGAAGAUUUUCCUCCCCUUUUUGUCCUUUUCUACCCUUUUGCUGUUGUAUUUCUUGCUGUGUUUUGGAUUUCUUGCUGCAUUUUGGAUUUCUUGCUGGUUAUAGAACACAGAAGUUCCUGCUGCCGUAGGGAGGGAAGGAGAUGCCAGAGCAGUGGGCAGUGCUCCUUUAAAGGCAAAUAUCGCCCUUUGUUAAUUGGUGUGCUUAAUGAGAAGCUUUCUGCUCGAUGUUUGUGACCAGCUGGUCUCCCAAAAAGGAGACUUGGAUGGGUCCCCUGCAGAGAUGCUCCUGGGACUUCUGCCAUCUCUUGGAUGCAGCUCUGGGCCUUAGAUAUCCCCAGGUUUUUCUGGUGUACAACUUCAAUUUUAACACGUCAGCUCCUUUCAAACUUGGUACAAAACUUGGUUUCCAAAUCUUUUAGUUUGGAAGUGUGGCCAAAGCUGUAUUUUACAGAGAAUGUGAGACUGAGGUAGAAAAGAGAGGGAGAUUUUUGUUGCAAAGCAGAGUCAGAUAAUGGACCCAUCUCUCCUUUAUGUUAUUUGUGCUUCUCCCAGGAUUUCAAGAGGAUUGGUCCACCCACAAGUGGCAUAAUACAAUUAAAAAUAGGUUAUUAAUACAUUCCAACAGAGAGCAGAGACAAAAGUAUCCCCACCCAGGGUGCAGUUCUUAGUUCAUUAUCUGUGUUUUGUGAAACCUUUCUCCCUCAUUUCAUUCCCAGAUUUCUGCUCCCCGUGGUCAGGACUGCAGUGCUGAGCACCUGCCUGGGUCAGGGCAGUGCAGCACUUCUAUGAGCAGCAGCUCAAACUGACAAUUAAGCAAAAUAUUCCUUUUUCUCUGCCAGCUGGAGCUGUUUUCAGUUCAUUUGUUGUUCAUCAGACCAUGGAUUUUUCUAGGAACAUCAGCAGAUGCUGAUCACGAGGGGCUGCAAGGUAGAAAGUGGGAGAAUUCUCUUUAGACCCCAAACAUUCCUGUUCUCCCUCUCCCUGGGGAGCAUUGCUCCCUCUUACAGCACACAAAACCCUUUUUUUAGCCCAUGACGCACAGAAAAAGCACAAAUUUUCAGUGCCAUUCCCACAGGAACCAUGCAGGAAUGUUGGGUUGUUGGUUUUAUUUUCUUUUCCCCCCAAGUUGGGAGCUGAAGGGCAAAAUCUCUAAGUGCUUUUUGAAGGGAGGGCUGUGUGAGGUUUUCCUGAUUCCUUUCACAUGGGCCAAGGAGGAGCUGUUCUGUGGUAAAUCACAUUCCCUGCAGAUGACAUCCUGAUCCUGGAGCCUCGAGCCAUCGGAUUUUGGGUCCUUCUCCUUUUCCCACUUCCAUGCAGAAUUCUCAGUCACAACAGGGGAAGCUGAUGGUGGUGUUUUGUUCCAAUGACAAGGAACAAAACUUAUCCAAUGAUAAGGCUCUUAUCCAUGAAUAAACAGAGAUUUCAUGAGAGGUGAGGUUCCUUUGGGACAGUCAGAGAGCUCCACUCCCAGCACUGAUGGUGGUUCUGUCUGUAGCACCUCUUAGGACAGGUUUUGCUGUAAUAUUUGUUGGGUUUGUGUUAUUUUGGGGACUGGGAUGAAGCAGUGCCAGUGUCCUGAGAAAUUAAGUGGAGAUACUGAAAAUUGUGCUGAAAAAAAAACAUUUAAAGGAGGCUGAACAAAGGAAAAAGAAAUGCUAAGAAUAAUCCAUAAAGGUUAAAAAAAAUAAAGUAUUUCUGAGCUAAAGGCUGCCCUGGGGAAGGGAGCCAUGUGUUGUGUGUUAGGCACAGCCCUGCUUUAAGCCAAACAUUUCAGCAACUGAGUGAAAAGAGCAAAGCUGAGGUGAUGGAAUGAGGGGGUUGCAUCGUGUUGUGCAAAUGAUCCCGAGCUUUCUGUUCCCAAGGCCUCUCCUUGUGCAUUGUGGGUUUUAUGCAACUUUAUUCACCAUUCCUUCCCUCCUGACAGCUGCUCGGAGCCUGCUGCUUCCCAGAGCUCGGGAUGUGCAUCCCUGGAUGUUGGCUCGGAAAAUCCCAGCUCCCUACAAAGGAGAAUCCGGGGAGGACAAAGCAGAGUCAGUUCUGUGCCCUUCCCUGCUCCCCUUUCCCUGUUAUAUCACAUGGAUUCCCUCGGUGUCAUGAGUUCCACUGCUUUGAGACAGAAACCAGUGCCAGGAAUGUUUCUGCUGCCCAAAUAUAGUCAGCAUGACAGAUUCUGCCUGGAGUCCAAACCAAAUAUCCAUGCUCCAGAACCUCUCAAAUUCAUCAGAACUCUGGAGAUGCACCAGCAGCUGCCUGGUGAAGAAUGGGGUGUAUUUCCAGCAGUGUCAGCAAGGAUUCUGGUGGCUCCAGAGGAGCAGGGACUUUGUCAGGAGCAUUGCUGGCGUGCACAGCAAGGAGCUCCUGAGGCUCCCUCAGCUCCAUGAGCUGUAUCUGGGAGUCCCGAGUCCUUUCCUCAUCUGACUCUCGUUUCCCUAAAAAACGAAGUUUGUCUUGGCCUCAAUGCUGAGCUGGUUUCUCAGCAAAUAUUUGGCUUGAACUUUAAUCAUUUUGAAAGCUUCCUGCAGCCAGGGGUUUUGUGGGGUUGGAUGUGCUGAAUUUUGGUGUAGAUGGGCACAGUGGAUGCGGGGAGAGAAGGCAAAGUGCUUUCCAAGAAACUCUGCUUUCUGAUCCACCCAGGGAUCACCUGAAGGGGAGCAGGAUCCUAAAAUGUCACGGUGGUUGUGAAUCAUCUCUGCAGCCUAAGAUUCCCAGUCAGCCAGCACAAGAUAAAACAGAUCAUGUGCAGCACGGUCUCUUCUCAUUCAGAAUCGUUCCGUGACUCAUGGAAAAGGGUUUUCUUGGCUAUGCUGACCCUUAGUAGUUGUAUGGAGAAGUAUUCAGGAACAGUGAGGUCCUAAAAAUGCACUUUACUAAAGCUUUGUGCACUCAGCUGUGCUGAGAUGUAUUUCACAAAAACUUUUACCUUCUUUAUAUUAUGAAGGAAAUUUUUGGCUCCCUCAGACAAUGCUUGGAGAUUGUGAGUCCCCAAUCUUUAAAGCUUGGGUUCUUCUGCUCCCCUUCACAAAAAUGAGUGCCACAAAAAUAAGACACUGAGUGGGUGCCUGGAGGGUUUCAGGUUCCUGUUCUGACAGAUUCCACAUUGACCUCAGGCAAAUCUCUUCACCUGCUCUGAGCCUGUCCAAGGAGCUGCUGGGGAGUUCUGCCCUGAGUCUGGACUGGGGGACAUUCACUUGCCCCAAGGGACCAGGCUGCUCCGGCAGGAGGAGAAGUGGGUGUGCAGAGCAUAAAUUAAUGUCUCUCUCCAGCACUGCCGAGUCCUCCUGGCUCUGGGAGAGGCACUUAAAGCUGUUCCGUGACUGAAACUCAAUGUUCUUCCAGCUCUGUGUUUGAUAAAAAUAUUUUUCUUGCAAGCCAGUGCUGCCUUACUGGAGAAGAGCUCUUGGCUGGAGGUCUGGAGCCCCAUUCCGAGGCAGGUUUUUCCUUCAAGGCUCGUCUCUCAAUCAGCCUUUCAGUUCUCAUCUGCAGGCUCUAAAAGAAAUUUUGAGAAUUUGGGCACUCAAGGCAUAGAUCAGUUGAGUUUCUCCCUUGGUGCUGUGAUUGCAGCUCAAACCACAAACAGGGCUGCAUUUGCAUCUAUUUCGAGCUCCAAAUGCAGGACUUUUACAGUCAUGCACAGGGACAUUCCUUCUGCCAGUGGUGCUCCUGAGGAAGGAGGAAUCAUCCCUAGAAAGCUGCAGCAAGCAGCUGAGGGCAGCCAAUUCCACAGGAGGGAGAGUCCUAGACCCUGCUUUCUGCUCUUCCUCCUGCUCUCAGCUUCCCUUUGUAAUUCUGUCCCUUGUUUCUUUGCCUGUUACUCCUUAUCCUGUCCUUCUCCUGGGGUCUGAACCACUGCUGCACUUCGUGGUGUUUUUUCUUGGUGAGAAUUGAAAAUGUUCAUGAAAUUCUACACCCAGACUCAUUUAUCCUGAGUUGUUUAAAAGCUCCAGGCCAGCUUUAGGCUGAAAAUAUAUGAAACUAAUAAAAUGUUGCAGGCUUGAUUAUGAACUAGGGUGGAAAAAAUUCCAAUUAAAACACUUUUUAUUAUUAAAAUUACAAGGCUUUUCUGAAAACUUUCAAAUGUCUCAGAUGCCCCUAAUGAAUUUUUACAUGACCUUCUCCCUCCCCAGCAUUUGCUGGUGGGAAUGGGAGCUUGCAGAGUUCUUUUUCCUCUGUCUGGUCCUGAGCUGGGGUUGAGUUCACCCCACUUCAGGACCAGACAGAAAAGUGAAGCUGUCUCUGGAAACCUGAGAAUUUCUGAGUGAGCUUUCUCGAAAAGCCUUGAAUCGAUUCUUGCCUGGAGCUUGGAGAUGCCUCAAAGAACCUGCCAGCUGAAGACAAGCUGACAAACCCCUCCAAGCCAGUCCUCCAAAACAAGAGUGGCCUGAAAAUACUCAAUAACCCAAGCACACCAGAAACUUGCAGAUCCCCAGCCAAGUUUGAUGGAAGAGGGGCUGGUGUUUACUUUUGUAUGAAUUUGUAAACUCCCAAGUUUCCCAAGCAGAAAGCCCAGACUGCUCUCCCAGCAUCUCAUUUUUCAUCCUGAGGACAGCCCCAGCCCAUGACAAAUGAUGUAGAGCAUCCCCAAUGACACAUUCCAAGGGGGUGAUGUCUCCCUUCUGGAUUCCUUUUGCUGCCUCCUCCCCCUGUGGUUUGUUGUGGGGUUUUUUCGUUUUGUUUUUUGGUUUGUUUUUUUUUUUUAUUACUAAAGCUGACAACUGCAGAUUUGCCUUGUGUUGCUCACACAGUUAAAGAGAAGAGUACAUGUCCACCCCAGCUUGUUUCACUUUGCUGCUGCUCCUCCGCCAGCCCAAAUUUCAGCUGCAGUAACACAAUCCCACUUGGCAGAGCCUGAGAGAAUCUUUGCCACAUUGGAAAGAGGCUUAAUGUAAAGUCUACUUUUUUCUUCUUCUUUUUUAAUUUUUUUUUUUUUUAGAGCUUUUUCAAACUCCCCUGGUUGUGCACAGCUCUGGCAGUAGCUGCAUGGCUGCUCACAAAUGGUCCAAAUGUGAGCUCAAGGAUUACAGAUGCGUUCUGUGAAGGGAAUAUCUUGAGUGCUUGUCCCAAAAACUCCUCAAGAACAACAUGGAUCAGGCUGAACAACUUUCUUCAGGCAGAAGGAAAAGCUCCUUGUCCCUGGAGAAGAAAAAGAGCAGUGGCUGGAGAACCACAGUGGGGUUUUUGUGUCUGUUCCCUGUGCUGGUUUUGCUGGUGUUUGUGAAAUAUCCAGCUGGAGCUGCAGUUCAUGAAAUUCAGGAAGAUGUCCUGGGCUCAGCUCUGCUCAUCCCAUCUCCUCCUCGGCCUGCGGCGCGGAGCAGGCGAUACACGAUCACCCCAGGCCACCUCAAGUGGGACCACUUCAACCUCACCUACAAGAUCCUGUCCUUCCCGAGGAACCUCCUGAGCGCCAGGGACACGCGCCGGGGGCUGGCAGCUGCAUUCCGCAUGUGGAGCGAGGUGUCCCCAUUCAGCUUCAGGGAGGUCCCACGGCACCUCCCCAGUGACCUCAAAAUCGGUUUCUACUCCAUCAACCACACAGACUGCCUGGAGUCUCUGACCCACCACUGCUUUGAUGGCACCACGGGUGAACUGGCCCAUGCCUUCUUCCCACCCCAUGGAGAAAUCCACUUUGAUGACCAUGAGUAUUGGAUCCUGGGGAACACCAGGUUCAGCUGGAAGAAAGGGGUUUGGCUGACAGACCUGGUCCAUGUGGCAGCCCAUGAGAUUGGACACGCCCUGGGCCUCAUGCACUCGCUGAACCCCAAUGCCCUCAUGCACAUCAAUGCCACCCUGACGGGCAAAAAGAGCAUUUCCCAGGAUGAAGUGUGGGGAAUCCACAGGCUCUAUGGGUGUAAGGACAGGUUAUUUGUGUGCCCAGUAUGGGCAAAAAAAGGCUUCUGUGAGAAGCGCAGGAAGCUGAUGAAGAAGCACUGCCCAUCCAUCUGUGACUUCUGCUAUGAAUUCCCAUUUCCAACAGUGCCCCCCACUCUGCCCCCAUCAAGGACCAAAACCAAGACAGUUUCUGAGGGCAGGAAUGUCACCUUCCGCUGUGGGCAGAAGAUCAUUCAUAAAAAAGGCAAAGUCUACUGGUAUAAAGAUAAGGAACUUCUGGAAUAUUCAUAUCCAGGUUAUUUAUCCCUAAAUGAAGAUCACAUGAGCAUCAUUGCAAAUGCAAUUAAUGAAGGAACUUACACUUGCAUAGUGAAGAAAAAAGAAAGAAUCUUGACUACUUAUUCCUGGAGAAUCAGACUGAAGCACUGACACAACCCUGGAAGGAGCCCUUCAGUUCCUGCUCCUUCUGGUUCCAGUUGUUUCUUCAGCAUUUUAGAUUUGAUCUCCAGUAGUGCAACUGAAUUCUCCAUCAGCUGCUUCAGCACCUUGGGCAAAAGAGACUGGGACUGGUUACUGGAAUGUCAAACUCUUCCAGAUUAAUUUUAAUGUUAAAGAAUUUAUCAACCAUUUGCUGAACAAAGAAUUAAAAAACUUUUUUUUUGGUAAGAAAAGCAUCAGAUGCAGCUGUGUGGGGCACUAUGAACUGCUUCAAACCAGGAGCAGACUCUACUGCAGUCCCUGGGACAGUGGAAUGGCAGGAAAAGGUCAAGUUUAACAUUCUCCAACUGUUUCCCUGCCAUUUUUCACAUCCUGGUGCACUGCAGUAGAAGAAAUGACAAGGCUAAGCCUUAAUACUAGUUUUAUUUCACUUGUCAGGAGGAUGAGGAUCACACAAACCUUGUUUUGCUCCUCAGUUGUCUGUUCCAACACAUCCAAUUCAAGGAUCCACAAAACAGCUUUUUUCCCCAAGUUCUUUCCUGUGGUUUGAGGGUUUUCCUCUUAUCCCAAGAUGCAUUUAUUGCUCAGAGCUUGGUCCUUGACAGGUCUGAGCUGCUCAGAGUUUGGUCCUUGUGGAAUCUGAGCCUUGAGGUCCUGUGGGAGAUGAGGUGAUCUCCUCCCUCAGGAUGAGGUAGAAGUGCCACAUCCAGCUGGAAAAGAGCUCAGGAGUGGCUGGCAAAGCUGGGGGCAGGGAUGCUGUGAAGGAAACAAUUCCAUGCCAUAGCCAAACUAUGCAGAGGGGUCAUGGUUUAAUCCUUCAGAGCUUCCCUGCACUCUGGCUUUUCAGUGGGUUCCUGGGGAAGCUUCUGGAAUCAGGAAUAUUUCAGCUGUUUCCCCUUCAGGGCUGAGGGGAACAGGAAAACAACCAGGCUGCUUUCCCAACUCACCACAACUGCAGCACGUUCACAUUCCAGCCUGACAGCCUUUACCCAGGAAAACUCUCCAAAAUGGACUGAAACUGACAAAAUGUUUAGGAUUUGAGUUAAUCCCUUACUGGCCUGGUGCCAAGCUGUGGUUGCAGGAAAAUGUGGUGUUUUCCAGAUCUCCCUGUUCCCAGAACAAAGUGACAGCUUCACAAAUCAGGGGCUCCAGAGGAUGAGAUUCCAAAAUGAUUCCUCCACUCCUCUUUCCCCAGAAAGGACUGGAAUGUGGCCUUGCAUAACCACUAAAGCCGAGUUCUUCUCUGGAUGGAAAAGGGGCAUAUUAAAAAAAAGACCUAUCACAAAAAAUAAAGUUUCAAGUCUCCAUAUUGAAUCUUUUUGAUUUAUAAAACAAUAGAGUAAUUUUUUUUGCACCACUGUAAAUACAUUUACAGAAAAAAAAAUAUCUGGUCAGGGAGUAUCAAACCCAGCCCAGUUCUCUCCAAAGUUAACAAGACACAAAUCUCAGAAUUGUAAUUUUUCUUUUUGCCCCAAAUAUAUUCAGACACAAACAAUUUAUUUACUUAAAAUAAAAAAUAAACUCUUUACUGUCACCAACAUCCCACUUCGUUGCAUGUGAAGCAAUGAAAUCCUUCACACUAUUAAACAAUCGAAAAUUUAUUUUAAUUCUACAAAUUUACAAGGAAAACAAAACAAAACAAAAAAUUCAACAAAAAAACCUCUAAAAAUAAACAACAAACUGUUCCAGGACUGUUAUUUCAAGUUGUCCUUUGUCACAGCUUGUGAUGAUCCUGGGGUUUUCAGGUAACUCCAGUCUUUUAAUGGAAUGCAGCAGUUAAACUCCACAUUGAUUUAUAAAACAAAAGCCUUGGAAUCUGUGGUAAUCUGUGUUUUUUUCACAGGGAAAAAGAUCUGGUGCCCCUGAUGCAGAGAAUAGAACUGGGACACUGAAACCCACUCACAUGAAUGGUGCUUCUUUUUCCUUUG